AUGGUUGGCGUUGGCAAUGUGGCGCUGGCGGCUGUGGUAGUGGAGCAGCAGCAGUCUGGAGGUGGAAAGGGCCGUAGUUCCAGGAAGAAGUCCAGAAGGCAUAGCGGGCGCAAAGAAACCUACUCAAUGUGUAUCUACAAGGUGCUAAAGCAGGUACUCCCUGACAUCGGCAUCUCUUCCAAGGCAAUGAGCACCAUGCACUCACUAGUGUUUGACGUGUUUGAGCGGCUGGCCCAGUACUCAGGCCGAACCACACUGAGGACCCGGGAAGUCCAGCCGGCAGUGCGCCUGCUGCUGCCUGGGGAGCUGGCCAAGCACGCCGUGUCCGAGGGCACCAAGGCUGACACCAAGUACACCAGCUCCGGGUGACCUGGGGCAUAAGCUAGAGGGCGAACUGCUAAAAACACACACACACACACACACACACACACACACACACACACACACACACACAAAAACCCCAACAAACAAACAAACAAAAUCCAAACCAAACCAAACCAAACCAAACGAGAAGUCGCCUCGCCCCCUGGCCUACUUGCAGCCCUGCUGUACGGGAGCCUCAGCUACAUUUCCCAAACGCGCACUGUCUGAGCAGCUCGCGUCCCAGCUGUGGGCUUCACCUGCGGCUAAAGGCAUCGGGAAAUGCAGUCCUUUCUUGUGACACGGUUUAUAAAAAGAAACAAAUGUUUCUUGUCAUGUUCACCGCUUCCCACUCUAGCUGGUCAAAUCUGGAUCGAUCCUGUCUCCUGGGUUAAGAAGACCUUGAGUAUUUCGUGCCGAAGGCGGGGGCAAAGAAGAGCGGAAGAACCCUCCCCUUCCUUUCUUUUUUUGGCGCAGGCGCACGGGGGCUUCUCCCAUUGGUCACCUGAACUCGGAAGUAGGAGAUGGCUCCCUCCCCUCCGCGCAUGCGCUCAGCGUCCGGUCGGCUGCUGUUGCGAUUGACGCGGCGAUGAGGACCCGUUUGUAUCUGCAGAAUGCAGUCGGCAGGCUGAGCCUCAAAUAACGGCGAUUACGUACGCAGGUUUCCUCUUGGCUUCUGAAAUCUUCUGCUUAAAGCGCUGACGCGUUCAUGCUAAAGUACUUAAACUCUGCCAGACUGGUAGGGUUGCUCCGUGUUCUCAAACCUGUCCAACUCGGGGGAGGGGCCGUGAGAAAUAGUUUCUAUAGAUUUCCCUGCGCCAGGCCCUGCCCUGCCCCGCGCGACUUGACUUUGGACGCCUGUGUACGUUCACAGAGUACCCAACAUUAAUACCUUACUUGCUGACAGCACAUGGGACUUUU